GCUUCAACUGAAGAGAGAGAGGAAUGAAGAGCUUUCUGCUUCCAUUUGUGUUCUUUUUAACAUUUUCUUCUGCAUUCCCUACAGACCGAAAGAUGGAAGAUGAAGAAAACAUUCGACUGGCUCAGGCAUAUCUCAACCAGUUCUACUCUCUUGAAAUAGAAGGGAGUCAUCUUGUUCAAAGCAAGAACAGGAGUCUCAUAAAUGGCAAAAUUCAGGAAAUGCAAGCAUUUUUUGGAUUGACAGUGACUGGAAAGCUGGACACAAACACUCUUGAGAUCAUGAAGACACCCAGGUGUGGGGUUCCUGAUGUCGGUCAGUAUGGCUACACUCUCCCUGGGUGGAGGAAAUACAACCUCACAUACAGAAUCAUGAACUACACUCCAGACAUGGCACGAGCUGAUGUGGAUGAAGCUAUCCAAAAAGGUUUAGAAGUGUGGAGCAAAGUUACUCCACUAAUAUUCAGUAAGAUUUCCAAGGGGAUUGCAGACAUCAUGAUUGCCUUUAGGACCCGAGUCCAUGGUCGGUGUCCUCGUCACUUUGAUGGCCCCUUGGGAGUCCUCGGCCAUGCCUUUCCUCCUGGUCUGGGUUUGGGUGGAGACACUCACUUUGAUGAAGAUGAAAAUUGGACCAAAGACGGAGCAGGAUUCAACUUAUUUCUUGUGGCUGCUCAUGAAUUUGGUCAUUCACUGGGGCUCUCUCACUCCAAUGAUCAAACAGCUUUGAUGUUCCCAAAUUAUGUCUCCCUGGAUCCUAGCAAAUACCCUCUUUCUCAGGAUGAUAUCAAUGGAAUCCAAUCCAUCUAUGGAGGUCAACCUAAGGCACCUGCUAAGCCAAAGGGAUCUACUGUACCCCAUGCCUGUGACCCUGAUUUGACUUUCGAUGCUAUCACCACUUUCCGCAGAGAAGUAAUGUUCUUUAAAGGCAGGCAUCUAUGGAGGAUCUAUUGUGAUAUCACUGAUGUUGAAUUUGAAUUAAUCUCUUCAUUCUGGCCAUCUCUGCCAGCUGAUAUUCAAGCUGCAUAUGAGAACACUAAAGAUAAAAUUCUGGUUUUUAAAGAUGACAAUUUCUGGAUGAUCAGAGGAUAUGCUGUUUUGCCAGAUUAUCCCAAAUCCAUCUAUACACUUGGCUUUCCAAGAUAUGUGAAGAAAAUUGACGCGGCUGUCUGUGACCACAACACAAGAAAAACCUACUUCUUUGUGGGCAUUUGGUGCUGGAGGUAUGAUGAAGUGACCCAGACCAUGGAAAAAGGAUACCCACAGAGGGUGGUAAAAUACUUUCCAGGAAUUGGUCUCCAAGUUGAUGCUGCUUUCCAGCAUAAAGGAUUCUUCUAUUUCUUCCGUAGAUCAAAGCAAUUUGAAUAUGACCCUAAGGCAAAGAACAUUACCCGAGUGAUAAAAACCAAUAGCUGGUUUCAGUGUAAAGAACCAUUAAACUCAUCAUCUGAUUUUAGUACCAGAGAGGAAGAAGUAUAUUCCGGAGGAGUGGAGAUGUUGUAUCAUAAGAAUUUAAAUGUGCUUAUUCUCAGUAUUGUUCAUGCGCUGAAAAGAAUCUACCGUUAUCGAUAAAUUCAUAGACCUAAAAUAAACCUCAAGAGGUCUUUUACUCUGAACUCUGCUCCAAAAGAGAUUAAAACUAUUCUUUAA